AUGGACGGAGUGGAACAGUUCAUGGAAUUUGUUAGAGGGCAGUUCCCUACAGACAGCGAGAUACAUUGUCCCUGCCGCAGAUGUCUUAAUCAAACUUUACGGCCUCAGCAUGAAGUGAAUGACCAUAUACACAUCUUUGGAAUGUCACUUUUGUACACUCGUUGGGUUCAUCAUGGAGAGUCUCCAGAUGGCCAGGUUGCUGAGUUCAGAGAGGAGGAGGUGCAGCCUGAUGAAUAUGAUGAUGGUGGAGGGAUACAUUUGGGUGAGGAUGACCAAGAUCAUGACCAAGCUGAUGACCAAGAUGAUGAUCACAGAGUCACAAAGAUGAUAUCAGAUUUGUACAUAGCAGUAGAGGAAGAUGGAGGGACUCCAAGUUUUGCCAAAGUUCUUGCCGAUGGCAAGCGGUCACUUUGCCCGGGAUCAGCGCAUUCUAGAUUCUCCUUUCUAGUGAGACUUCUCUAUAUGAAGUCUCGCUAUCGACUUGGCAAUAACUUUUUUACUGCAUUGUUGAAGUUAUUGUCCGAUGCAUUCCCUCAGUGUCAGUUUCCAAAGUCGAAUGAUGAGGCGAAGAAAUAUCUUCGUGAAUUGGGCAUUGCAUAUGAAUCAAUCCAUGUGUGCAAGAACAAUUGUGUUUUGUUUCGUAAGUCUGAGGUGUUUGACACGGAUUAUGUCAACCUAGAAGCAUGCCCAGUUUGUGAUGAAUCUAGAUGGGAAGGUGGUGAGAGUGGCAGGCGGGUUCCUCAUAAGGUCUUGAGGCACUUUCCACUUAUACCAAGGCUGAAGAGGAUGUUUGCCAUGAAACGAACUGCUGAGGAGGCCCAGUGGCACAAGGUGGGUAGGAAGCCAGUUGCCAAUGAAAUGAGCCAUCCAGCUGAUGGGGAGUCAUGGAAGGACUUUGAUAGGAAGUAUCAAUCUUUUGCAGUGGAUGCAAGGAAGUUGAGGCUUUCCCUAGCUACAGAUGGUUUCAACCCUUUUGGCAACAUGAGCACUCAAUAUAGCAUGUGGCCAGUGCUUGUGACACCUCUGAACCUACCACCAUGGGAAUGUGUCAAUUCAGCCAACUGUUUUAUGUCUUUGCUCAUCCCGGGUCCAUCAUCUCCUGGAAAAGAUUUUGACUUGUUUCUCGAGCCUCUAAUUGAAGAAUUGCUUGCUCUUUGGAAAGGAGUGUCCACUUAUGAUGUUGUUAGCGGGAUGCGUCGGGCAAAUUCAGUAGUAAAGAGGUUCAAGCGGAACUAG